GCUGCACCUCACCGAGUCCUCGCGUUCUUACCGGCCGGGUUCAUGCUUCACCUCCGCGGCUCCCUGCCGCUCCUCCCGGUCUUUCUCCUCGCGCUGUUCUCAGGGUUUGGUUCCGCGGACCGGACGCCGUUUGACGAUGCUCCUCUGCUGGUCGGCCCACGCCAGCCCGUCACGGCGUCUCCGGGCGACGACGUCGUCCUGCCGUGCCUCCUGCGGCCGGCCUUCGACGUGGCCAACUUGACGCUGGAGUGGUCCAUGGCCGACCUGAAGCCCGACCCGGCCGAUCCGCUGAGCCGGGUCGGGUACGUGCACCUCCGCCGCCGCGGCCGGGAGGUCCCCGACAUGAAGAUCCCGGAGUACGCCGGGAGGACGCAGCUGUACACGGACGCCCUGAAAGUCGGCGACGCUUCGCUCACCAUCAGGCGCGUGACGCCGGCCGACCGGGGACGAUACAGGUGUCACAUCCCCAAGUUACCUGGCCAGGUGAAGGAGCUGGUGGUCGAGCUGGUUGUUGCACAAGAAGAUGAUAAGACGAAGGUGCAUCUGCAUCCCCAAAGUCUCCCAAAUCCAGAUGAGGAGGCCGAAACAGGUGGCCGGCUCUACCUGGGCACUCUCAUCUCGGGGCUGAUGUGCGUCCUGCUGGUCCUGGGGGGGGCAGUCGCUGCAUGUGCACUUAAACGCCGCAGAGACAACCGUCUCAGGUGUGACGGCGCUUCAACCAAACCUCUUAUGGUCUAGGCGCCUUGCUCAAAGGCUCCAUGGUAGUUGAUGCAGAGCAGCAGGUCCCAGGGGCGUAACCACGUGCCGUCGCCCCCUCCCAAUAAUAAUGAACCUGUCAUGGAUCGGUCUCUUGGCUCGUUGGUUCUCGCACGCCGCUGCCAGGCACCUUUCUCUCAAACGUGUCACUGAGCAACAAACUGGACCAACUUCAACUGCUGGUGAGAAGAGACGGACACUUUUCUCCGUGGUUUGCUUCGUGGAGACGUGGCUCUGUGGAUCGAUACCGGACUCUAGCUGGCGGGCUUCAAGCUGCUCAGACCAGAUACAGCGUGUGGAGCGGACCGACCCGGCCAAACCUCAGCCAUGAACUUACAGUACAAACAGUUUAUUAAAUGCACAACCAGAGAGGAGAACACGCUGGAUCACUGAUACACCUGCCAGAUACCCCCCCCCCCAUGUCUACACUAAAGUUAAGCCUUUGGCAGGUCCAGUCAAAUAUCCUCCACCCGGUCGGACCCCUUUACAUGGGUGAGACUGACAUGGUCCCCUGGUCUCACAACACACUCCAGAUCACCAAGAAGGUUGAGGGAAUUUGGCUUUCAAACCAAACUAUUCAGACAUUUGUACAGCCUUCCCCUCACUACAGGACGUCUACUCCACCAGGAACAUCCUCAAGUCCAGAACCAAGAGACCAGCAAGACGUUUUCACCCGGGGGCCCAUCAGGCUGCUGAACAGCUCAAGACAAGCAUAGCAGAAUAAGAAUUUCCUUCUUAUAGAAUCAACUGUACAGGACAAUAAAUCUCUUGAGUCUGAGACUCUAAAGAAGUAAAAGAGCAAAGUGGAUGUUUUUAGUUGUUUUGGUGGUUGAGGAGCUGCAGGUCUCUUGAUGACAUGUAAUGUAACGUCUCCAGGAGAUGGUUUAGCUCGGUUAGCAUAGCAUGGUGUUACCUCAAAGAGGAACAUGGUGAUCCGCUUUGGAAGCUUUUGUUCCUUUAUGUUCUGAACAUGUUGUUGUGUGUUUUGUUUGUUGCUGUAAAACAUGAAGUCUGUUUGGUUUUUUUGCACUGAUGAGCAAGUUCAGAUCCUGCUGCGAGUCAUUUAGCUCCAUGAAGUAGCUUGAUGCUAACUGGCCACUCGUAGGGUGGUAAAACUGAUUUGAUGUUUAAUAAGUAAAUGUUUACCAUUAAGAUUUCACUAAAUGAGUAAAUCACGUUUGUUAAUGCUAAAUGUUAUUUAUGUACAGUAUUCUUUAGUUAAUUAGUUCUUUGAAUGGUAACAUUUGGAUAUCAGGUCUGUCCUGAUGUUCAAUGUUUACUAAUGAAGACAUUUUUGUUCUACUUUUGAAACCAGAUUUAAAUGACUGAAUAUCUGUUAGAAAUCCCUUGAUCUCCAGCUCCGGAUGAUUCCAUUUUCCUGUCGGACGUGUUUUUUCAUAUUUAUUUUUCCUGAUGACGUGUGAAACUUAUUUAAAAAAAAAACUGCACUCAACUUCCUGACGGUGCCUUUGAGCAGCGCACCUUUUCCCUCCGUCCCGCUCAAGCACUGAAUCAAUACUAUUUGCACUGUGAUGUCAGUCUGUCAAAUAAACACUUCAGUGUGUAUGUAGAUGUUUGUGUAAUUGCACAUUCUUUCAGGGAGGGGGUGCCCCCUGUUGGGAUGGUUGGGGAAACACUCUUGGCUGGUGCAAAUGUCCUCGUACCACAGCCGUAGCUG